AUGGCUGAUGUGGUUUCUUUCUACAAGAAGUUGCCUACUGGCCCAGCUCCAGCUGCUAAGAAGCCAACUACCCCAUGGGGCAAGUACAAGGCUGCCUACUUUGAUGGCGACAAUGCCUCUGGUAAGCCAUUGAUUCACCUUGCUGUUGUCAUCAUCCUUGCUGGUUACACUUGGGAAUACCAAUCUCACUUGAAGCACCACAAACACUAA